AUUUAUAAACUCAUAAUAAACAUCUUGAAUCAAAUCAAAUCUUGCUCCCGUGAGUUCCAGUCCCAUUCAAUCAUUUCAGUUGAGGUUCAGAUCUGAGACAUGGCAGAAAAAGAAAAGGAGACGAUAAUGGUGCUGAAGGUGGACCUUCAGUGUCACAAAUGCUAUAUGAAGGUCAAAAAAGUUCUCUGCAAAAUCCCUCAAAUACAAGACCAGAUAUACGACGAGAAGCAAAACCAGGUGGUCAUCAAAGUGGUAUGCUGCAGUCCAGAGAAGAUAAGGGACAGGAUACGCUGCAAAGGUGGGGGAGCCAUCAAGUGCAUUCAGAUCAAAGAGAAACCCAAGGAGGAGAAACCCAAGGAGGAGAAGCCCAAGGAGGAGAAACCCAAGGAGGAGAAGCCUAAAACUCCCUCACCAAACCGUGGGCCUCCGUGUGUUCGUGUAGGCGGUUACCCAGUGAACGGGAACGCGUGCUGUAUGGAUUGUUACCAUGGGCAUCCUGGUGGGCCAUGCCAGACUGGCUAUGGCGGAGUAGCCCUAUACAUUCAGUAUGAUGGUUACUAUGGAAGGCCUGUGUGCGGCAGUUAUGGCGGUGGCAGGAGCUACAAUACUAACUAUUGUGUUGCCCGCUCUGACUGUUUCAGUGAAGAAAAUCCCCAAGGCUGCACAGUCAUGUGACUUCCCAUAUGGUGCACUGCGGAAUAUUGUUGAGGUCAAGUUCAUUUGGGUUUGGAGUUUCAGGGACAUAAAUUAAAUAUAUGUAAAUCAUCUUCAAUCUUGAGUCAUUUUAUGUUUAAUUAGCAGCAGUCCAGUGUCGGUGUUGGUUUAGUUUAUAGGAGAAAAAAAGUGAUCAAUAAAGUUGGUUGUUGACGGUGGUGGUGGUGGUGGUGGUGGAGGAUUAAGUCACAAUCAGGUUAUUAUUCGUUGUACCUACCUACAUUACAUGAAGAUGAAUGAAGUUGCUGCUGCUACAAUUAUCAAUGCAA